GCGGGCCUGAGGCGGCGCGGCGGCCGGGCGGCCUCGGCCACCCGGUAAUCGCUUCUCUUCCCGGCGUCUCGUCCGCAGAGGGAGCAGGAUGUCCGCGGAAGUCCCCGAGGCAGCCUCCGCGGAGGAGCAGAAGGAAAUGGAAGACAAAGUGACUAGCCCAGAGAAAGCUGAAGAAGCAAAAUUAAAAGCAAGGUAUCCUCAUCUGGGACAAAAGCCUGGAGGUUCAGAUUUUUUAAGGAAACGAUUACAGAAAGGGCAAAAAUAUUUUGAUUCUGGGGAUUACAACAUGGCUAAAGCAAAAAUGAAGAACAAGCAACUUCCUACUGCAGCCCCGGAUAAGACAGAGGUCACUGGUGACCACAUUCCCACUCCACAGGACCUUCCUCAACGGAAACCAUCUCUUGUCACUAGCAAGCUGGCUGGCUGAUUAAAAGAGCUGAACUGCAUGAAUCUUCUAAUUCCCAUUAUUUCUCAUUAACAUGUUACUUCUCCACUUUUUAUUUCCUUUCACUCACUAAGUCAUUUGAGAGUGGUGGCUUUGCAGGUAGCGGGUAGUGUGUGCUGCUAUUGUAAGGGAAUAUACAUGUGUAGAGUUUUGAUUAGUUUAACAGUGCACUGAUGAAGAGAACAUGUUAGAGCAACGUAAAGUAAUCUACUUGAAAAUAAUUGUAUAUAUUACCUAACUCCUAGUGUAGGGCUGAUUCCAACAAGUAACAAGCAAGUUUUACAGUUUUAAUGUUUUGGCUUUCUUUAAUUCAUCUUAAUUAUAGCUUUGUGUGUUACUCUUAUUUAAUAUAACCUCUGUUGUAUUGAUUUCUUCUGUGUUUUCCUUUUGGAUUUUGUAAAAACAGAAGUUUAAGACCACAAGUUAGAAGAAAGGUCAUAUAUUUCAAACACAAAUAGAUGGGGCUUCAAAAGAUUUGUAUCCUGUGCUUGAACUUGAAUGGCCUUAAAUCUGUUUCAGCUUUAACAAUAGAAUUUUACUUGGGCAAUAUUUGCCCAUUCUGGUGUAACUUUUGUGACUCUAGUGCUUAACCGCUGCUGUUGAAGCUAGUGUUCUUAUUCAGUUCUGUGGUGUUAGAAUCUCUUUUGUUGUUGAAGAUGUGAAUGAAGUGUGCAUGUGCAUCGCCUGUUGAAUUCACUUUUGUGCCAUUUUGUAAAUACAAUAGUUUUGCACAACCUCUCA